CUCUCUUUCUUCUCUAGCUUGCCUUAAGUGGUCGGUGGAAGCAAUGGCGGGCGGUGCGAUCGUCAACACCGGUGGAGGUAAGGACUAUCCUGGUAAACUUACCGUGUUCGUCUUCUUCGCCUGCUUCGUCGCCGCCACCGGGGGUCUCAUAUUCGGAUACGACAUCGGCAUCUCCGGCGGAGUGACCUCGAUGGAAUCGUUCUUGGAGAAGUUCUUCCCCGAGGUGUACCGGAAGGAGAAGCUCGACACGAGCACCAACCAGUACUGCAGGUUCGACAGCCAGCUCCUGACGAUCUUCACGUCGUCUCUGUACCUGGCGGCGCUCGUCGCGUCGUUCUGCGCUUCGACGGUGACGAGGGUGCUGGGGCGCAAGUGGUCCAUGUUCGGCGGAGGGGUCGUUUUCCUCGUCGGCGCCGUUCUCAACGGAGCCGCCAAGAACGUGUUGAUGCUCAUCCUCGGACGCAUCCUCCUCGGCAUCGGCGUCGGCUUCGCCAAUCAGUCUGUGCCUGUGUAUCUCUCGGAAAUGGCUCCGGCGCGGCUCCGUGGCAUGCUCAAUAUCGGAUUCCAGCUCAUGAUCACGUUUGGAAUCCUCUGUGCCAACCUGAUCAACUACGGCACCGCUAAGAUCAAAGGCGGCUGGGGGUGGCGCGUCAGCCUCGCACUCGCAGUCGUCCCAGCCGCCAUUAUCUCCAUCGGCUCGCUUUUCCUUCCGGACACGCCCAACUCCCUCAUCGAGCGCGGCCACGCCGAGCAGGCCAAGAAGAUGCUCCGCCGCAUUCGCGGCACCGACGACAUCCUCGACGAGUACAAUGACCUCGUAGCGGCUAGCGAGGAAUCUAAACUGGUUAAGCACCCGUGGGCUAACAUCAUGAAGAGGAAGUACCGCCCGCAGCUCGUCAUUGGCAUUCUCAUUCCCUUCUUCCAGCAGCUGACCGGCAUCAAUGUCAUCAUGUUCUACGCCCCUGUGCUGUUCAAAACGAUGGGUUUCGGCAACGAUGCUUCUCUCAUGUCCGCCGUCAUCACGGGGAUUGUAAACCUGUUCGCUACCUUCAUAUCUGUUCUCACCGUCGACAAGCUGGGCCGAAGGAAGCUUUUCCUAGAAGGUGGGGUUCAGAUGCUCAUAAGUCAGUCUAUGGUCGGAAUUUUAAUGGCGAUCAAACUGGGAACUAGUGGAGAGGGGCACUUUUCAAAGGCAUACUCUGGUUUUCUGGUCCUCUUUGUUUGUAUCUACGUGAUGGGGUUUGCAUGGUCUUGGGGUCCCCUUGGAUGGCUGGUUCCCAGCGAGAUCUUCCCUCUUGAGAUCAGGUCGGCAGGGCAGAGUAUCAACGUUUCUGUCAAUAUGCUCUUCACCUUUGUCAUUGCUCAAGCCUUCCUCACCAUGCUCUGCCACCUCAAGUUUGCUCUCUUCUUCUUCUUUGGCGCAUGGGUGAUCGUCAUGACCAUCUUCAUUGCCCUUUUCCUUCCUGAGACAAAAGGCGUGCCGAUUGAAGAGAUGGCACUUGUCUGGAAGAAACACUGGUUUUGGUGCAGAUUUAUUUCAGAUGACGAUGUUCACGAAAGAAAGGUUGAGAUGGGCAAACCCAAUUCUGCAUUUUAAAAGAUCAAUUGUUGUGUGUUCCUUUUGCAAGAUCAUUUUCUUUAGUGUCAACAAGAAUACUUUUAUAUAUAUCCUUUUAGCUAUUCCUUCU